AUGCAAGCUGUAGUCCCAAUCAUGCCCGAUUUUCUCAUUGAAAUCAAUUCAGAGAAUGCUACAUUUAUCCUGAAUGCUGAAAAUACUGAAAAUUCAAAAGCUGAAGAACGACACCAAAUCAUUGAAGACACUGGAGUCACUUUCAGUAUUCUUUACGCAGCCAAAGCCUUGGUCCGUGUUUUAGCCGGUCCCUUGACAGGCACAACGAUCAAUAAAAUUGGCUACUCUAUCCCGUUUUUUGUUGGUCUUGUUAUUAUGUCCGGAUCUGCGAUCACAUUUGCAUUUGGUCAAACGUAUUUCACUCUUUUGUUAGCAAGAAGUGUACAUGGGCUUGGCUCCUCUUGUGUUUCUGCGGCAGGCAUGGGACUAAUCGCCGAAUAUUACAAAGAAGAGACGGAAAGGAGUAAAGCAAUCGGGAUCAGUCUUGGAGCGUUAGCUGUCGGAGGUCUUAUUGGCGCUCCAUAUGGCGGAGUGAUGUAUCACUUCUUCGGCAAGGAACUCCCGUUUCUAGUGCUUGGACUGAUCGGAAUCUUGGCAAUUGGUCUACAAGUAUUGAUUUUGACUCCAAAGGUUGAAAGGCGAAAAAUGGAGGAAAAAGAGCCGAGUUCGGUGUGGAAACUUCUCAUCGAUCCCUACAUUUUUGUGGCAUUGUGUGGUAUCUUCUUCUCCUAUUAUGGUUGGGUCUCUCUACAGCCAGCGCUCCAAUUUCGAAUGAUCGACGUGUGGGGAGCGAAAACGAUCGAAAGAUCUGUUGCAUUUUUACCUUCAACAAUACUCUAUAUAAUCUCGACAAAUUUUCUGGGUGUUAUCACGACGAAAAUCAGACGUUUCCCGUUUGUGCCACGGAUUUGGUUCUUUGCCAUUCCAUUUACGGUUGUUGGAUUGAGUAUGGGCCUUAUUGACACUGGUCUCUAUUUUCUACUUGGUCAUCUAGCUGAAUUGAGACAUCAGAAAGCCUACGGCCCUGUUUAUGCUCUUGCCGACUCUAUCUACUGUCUCGGAGGGGUGAUUGGGCCAUUACCAUCCGGUUAUUUCGUUGAGAUGAUAGGUUUUGAAUAUCUUUGUUAUUCGAUGGCUAUGGUAACGAUAUUUUCAGCGCCGUUGAUGGUUUUCUUACGAGGAUUCCCGGAAGCUCAGAGUAAAUCUGGAGAAACCAAUACGACUAGC